CUUUGUCACAUGAUCACAAAUUGUUCAGUCGUUCAUCUAGAAUACUCGUGAAUAUUCAUAAUAUGGAUAUAAAUCAAAUAUAAUGAUCUAGAUACAUUAGCUACCGAAUCUCUAUUGUAUUUGUUUACUUUUCCUGUUUUCUACCGAGCUACUAAACUGUAUUCAAGCAUUUUCAUGUUUGUAGUCGUCGUGUAAUUGAGGAUCAUCAACAGGAAAAAAAAACUCUUUUUUGUUAGCUACAGUCCUCUUUUGAAGAACAGAGAGUACGAGUUAUACCCACAUUAAUCAAUUAUUAAAAUCCAAUUACACCAUUCCACCUGGAAUUUUUUUAAUCAAGUUUUCGACUGUGUAGGAAAACAAGGACACAAUGAGACAUCUCAAAAUCUAAUCGUCAAGAUUACUUUGGAAAAUUGCUCAGACGUAAUUAGCGAAUUAUUAUAAAUUAAGAUUAAUUAACAGCUUCUACACCUAUACAAAUCUGUUAUUACUACCGCCUUUCUAAUAUCCCUUAUGAAGUUGCUUUCCAUCUUUUCCCAGUCUUUCGCUUAAUAUUUCGUAUUGAUUUUUUUCUCUUUCAAACAUGACUAGAAAAUGUCCGUUUAAAAACACAGCAUGAUACAAAUUUAAUUUGUCAUAAUCAGAUAAUGAACAUUACCAAUUAAACGAACAAUUAAAAUUUUCGACAAUUAAGCCUAUUGAUUUGAUUUUGAAUCACCCUACUCAUUUAUCAAAGAUGUAAAUUCUUCUCACACUAUUGGCCUACCUCAAUUACUUUUGUUGUUGAAAAUUCCGCUACUCAGCCAAUUCAAACUGUAAAUCGACCAAUCAUUUUCAUCUGUGGGUGGAAGAAAUGGGGAAGAGUUGAAAGUACUUUUUUAUACUUACCAUAUUUACAUUCCCACAUUUAUUCAUGUAGGAGAUAAAUAGGGUGCUUUAGACGUUUCCUCCGUGAUUGCAGAAAAUCAUGGCACACUCGUAAAGCAAUGACAUAUAACAGCUUCAGAAACACUUCAUAUUCGUCAUAUUUUCAUAUAGACGGGUAUCACGUCCUCUUCUAUGUUUUGGAUCUGUGUUCUACAUUGUUUGAUUUCGGUCCUAUAUCCUCCAUUUCCCACUUUUGAUGGUCAGGGUAAAAGACGCCAAAUGCUCUCUUGAUGCUUGUUGCUAAGGAUGCUGUACUGCUCAUACCGGAUUAACAUUUCUACAUUGCUGAGUGAUUACAGAGAACGAGAUAUGAAAAAGUUUCUUUGAAGACAAUAGGACAUAUUUUAUAGAACGCUUUGAGAAAGGACAGCUCAGACCCACCUCAAAGUCGAAAUAUUUUAAUUCAAACUGACAGGAGACGAUAGUGUAUCCCCUUCCACGUCCUACACCAGAGUUGUUGCUGUAAUUGUUUUUUUUUUGCUUACUUUGGUCCAAGAUUUACUCUACCAUUAUUAUGGCUGAUGAUCAUAUGGACGACCAUCAUAUGGAUGAUGGUCAUAUGGAUGAUGAUCAUAUGGGCGACCAUCAUAUGGAUGAUGAUCAUAUGGAUGAUGAUCAUAUCAUGGACCAUCAUGAUCAUAUCAUGGACCUACAUGAUCAUAUGGUCGAGACAGACUUCGAUGAGCAUAACGCAUGUGAGGACGAGGCCCACGAACACCACGACGGGGAUGUACACCAAGAGGAAAUGACCAACAAUGCGAUCAUCAGCUUGGUCUUUUACAUCCUGGUCCUAGUCUCUGGCUUACCAGGAAAUGCCAUCAUCCUGCAGACAUACGCGUGGAAGAAACGGAAGACGAGCACCGAUGUCCUCAUCAUGGCCCAAGGCACCAUCGACUUCAUCGCCUGCUCAUUCACGCCUGCGUUCAUCAUCGAAAGCGGGGUCCCGGACCUACUGACAUCCGCCUUGUGCAGGAUGAAAUUCUCUAUAGAAGAGGUAACAGCUCUCACUUCGCUUUUCUUGACCACUCUGAUCAGCGUCGAGCGUUACUUAGCAGUCUGCCACCCUAUGCGACGUCGAGUGUCGGUACGGAAGUGGAUUGCAGUUCUGGUAGUAUUCGUUGUCCUCGCGACAGUAUUCGCUGGUAGGUUUGCGAGUUUUGCUCUUGCUUGCUCCUUUCACGAGAUGAUGGUCUGCCAACAGCCAAAAUCACUGGGUUACACGAUAUCCAAGACGGUGUUCUUCAUCGUAUCGUUUACGACGACAACCAUACUUUACGCCCUCGUCUACGCUUUCCUCCGAAAGAGAGCGAUGAUCCACGCCGACCUGGUGAGCGGUCAACUCUCCCAAGCGGCAGUCGGCUCAAAUCAUCCAAGACCACUCGUCGCGAUGAUCAGCCAUGCAGGCAUGAGUUCCAAUCUCCACCAGUCGGGAGAUGUAGGAAGUCAUGAAAACAAAGUUGAAAGAAUCCAAAUUCCAUCGUCUUUGAUGACUCCUGGAUGUUCAAGUCAAACGAACUCCCCCCUGCCAUCAAAAAAGGCAUUUGGCGGGUCGAAGACGAAACCUGAAUUGAUAACCACGGAACAGUCACACGAUAGCAAGGGCCCGGCACGAUUGCUUGCAACAAACACGGAUUCCUAUUCCACCCUACAUCCUAAACAACAACAACAACAUCGCUCUCUCGAGAAGGAUCGACUUGCCGAGCCGAAGAGCCGAAAGGAAUUCGAUUUCGGACGGAAGACCACGAGGAUGCUACUCGUCAUGACGAUGUAUUUCUUCCUGACCUGGCUCCCGCAUAUCGUGAUCAUCCACAUUCCCCAUCACGUGAUAGAAGAGAAGGGGGAAGAGAUUCAGGGAUUUUUUGCCCUGAUUGGAAUCCUUUUGACGGUGAGACUCACCAACCAUACGGUCAACUUCUUCGUGUAUUACCUGGUAAGCAACAGGUUCCGUAAAGACGUCAAGGACUCCUUCAAAGUGUGCGUGAACAGGAUUGGCGGGAAAUAGUUCCGCAAUGAAACAGUCCCACCAACAAAGCAGACUCCGAACCGACAGGUGGCAUGUCGAUGGAAAUAUCGCCAUGGGUUUGUUCAACAUGGGUCCCGUAACCAUGGUAAUACAAAGGUCUGCGAUUGAUCUUACGUUUGAUUUUUACGAUUAAUUGUACAUUGUAGUCAAUGGAAUCAAUCGUACAAAAAUGUUCUUCGAUCAUUGCAAAGUUUUGUGCUACCGGCCCCUGGAGACCUGGAGCCGAUUUCGCCAGUGUGACGGCGCUAUGAUCAAUGACAGUUCCCAAAACAACAAAAUUACUACUCGAGCAUGUUCAAAUUCUCAAUUAAGCUGCGACUGUAUAUUUUCGCAUCGCGCAUAGUUUACAUUAUGUUCUACAAUGUAUGCUAAUGU